UAGCUCCUCUUGCACUUAUUAUUAUUUUCUUUUUCCGGGAGAGGAGGGGGAGCGUGAGGAAAGGAGCGAAGGAAAUAAUAAAGGAUUCCACCCAGAAGAGAGCGACAGUUCGGAGAGCUUUUUCUUGGGACAGAAGCGGCGUUUGCGGCCGCGGCGGGCGCGGGCCCCGCGGGCCCCACCAUGCGCGAGCCGGCCUCGGGCUGCUGAGGCGCCGGGACGCGGAAGCGGAGGCCGACAGCCCCGGGCUCCCCGCGCUCCCGGGCCACUGGUGUCCGCCGGGCGGCGGCGGCGGCUGGAUGGAGCCCGCGACCGCGCCCCAGCCCGACAUGGCGCCGGAGCUGACCCCGGAGGAGGAGCAGGCCACCAAGCAAUUUCUUGAAGAGAUUAACAAGUGGACAGUUCGGUACAAUGUUUCCCCUCUGUCUUGGAAUGUGGCUGUCAAGUUCCUCAUGGCCCGGAAGUUUGAUGUGCUCCGAGCCGAAGAGUUGUUCCACUCCUACAGAGAAACACGAAGGAAGGAAGGCAUUGUGAAGCUGAAACCUCACGAGGAACCUCUCCGUUCUGAGAUCCUUAGUGGAAAAUUCACCAUCUUAAAUGUUCGGGAUCCAACAGGAGCCUCCAUCGCCCUCUUCACUGCCAGAUUGCAUCAUCCCCACAAGUCAGUCCAACAUGUGGUACUUCAGGCUCUGUUUUACUUGCUAGACAGAGCUGUGGAUAGCUUUGAAACUCAAAGGAAUGGACUGGUGUUUAUCUAUGACAUGUGCGGUUCUAAUUAUGCCAACUUUGAGCUGGAUCUUGGCAAGAAAGUCCUAAACCUGCUCAAGGGAGCAUUUCCAGCUCGUUUGAAGAAGGUACUGAUUGUGGGAGCACCCAUAUGGUUCCGAGUGCCCUAUUCCAUCAUCAGCCUCCUCCUAAAGGACAAAGUCCGGGAGAGGAUUCAGAUAUUAAAGACAUCUGAGGUCACCCAGCACCUGCCCAGGGAGUGCCUUCCAGAAAACCUGGGUGGGUACGUCAAAAUUGACCUCGCAACUUGGAAUUUCCAGUUCCUACCCCAGAUGAAUGGCCACCCGGAUCCCUUUGAUGAGAUCAUCCUGUUCUCCCACCCUCCUGCCUUAGACUGGGACUCGGUGCAUGUUCCAGGUCCCCAAGCCAUGACCAUCCAAGAGUUGAUGGACUAUGUUAGCACCAGGCAAAAGCGGGGGAUAUAUGAGGAGUAUGAAGACAUCCGUCGUGAGAACCCUGUUGGCACUUUCCACUGUUCCAUGUCUCCAGGAAACCUAGAGAAGAAUCGCUAUGGAGAUGUACCCUGCCUGGACCAAACUAGAGUGAAGCUGACAAAACGAAGUGGCCACACUCAGACAGAUUACAUCAAUGCCAGUUUCAUGGAUGGCUACAAGCAGAAGAAUGCUUAUAUUGGUACACAAGGCCCUUUGGAGAAUACCUAUCGUGAUUUCUGGCUCAUGGUUUGGGAGCAAAAAGUCUUGGUGAUUGUCAUGACCACUCGCUUUGAGGAGGGCGGCAGGAGAAAGUGUGGCCAGUACUGGCCUUUAGAAAAAGACUCUCGGAUCCGAUUUGGCUUCCUCACAGUGACCAAUCUAGGCGUGGAGAACAUGAACCAUUAUAAGAAAACAACGCUAGAAAUUCACAACACAGAGGAGCGGCAGAAACGCCAGGUGACCCACUUUCAGUUCCUGAGCUGGCCAGAUUAUGGUGUCCCUUCCUCGGCAGCUUCCCUCAUUGACUUUUUGAGAGCGGUCAGGAAUCAGCAGAGGCUGGCCGUCAGCAGCAUGGGAGCGCGCUCCAAAGGGCAAUGCCCUGAGCCACCCAUUGUGGUCCAUUGCAGUGCAGGCAUUGGCAGGACAGGUACCUUCUGCUCACUGGACAUCUGCCUAGCACAGCUGGAGGAGCUUGGCACCCUUAAUGUGUUCCAGACGGUGUCCCGCAUGAGGACCCAGAGGGCCUUCAGCAUCCAGACCCCUGAGCAGUACUAUUUUUGUUACAAGGCAAUCCUGGAGUUCGCAGAGAGAGAGGGCAUGGUGCCCUCCAGCCACAACCUCCUGGCCAUGGAGGGUCAGUAACUGUCCCAUGAGCCUCCUACUUGCUGGCUGGCCUUCCUUAAACUACCCUGGACAAUGCUGAGCCUAUAGGUUGCCAUGAGUUACGCUGAAGCCAUGGACCAAACUCUUUCUUGUGAAUCCCGGCGCACAUGUGCACGCAAGGCAGCCUUUCCCUUUGGCUAGAUAGAUAUGGUGAAAUUGCCGCUAAAAAGGGCCAGCAGCAAUGUGUUCUUAAUUCCUAGCACCUGCUAUCGAACUGUGCCUUAUUAAAACCAAAUUGUGGCUAUCAGUUUUUGCCAGGGGCCCCGAGGUAAGUGGGGGAAGGAACCUCCCUCCCCCCUUUCCCAAUGCCAUUCUCCUUCUCGAGGUCUCUUUCCCAUUCCUUCCCGUUGCUAGAAUUUGAUGGGGAGGUUUGGUGAGCAUCCACCUUCCUUCCCAGAGAGCUUGACCACGUUAUACAUUCUAGAGAACGUCCUGAGUGCCAAGCACGUUUAUACCUAGGGCGUGUAUUCCAGUCUUUUCUGUCAUUCUGUGUGUGUGCGUGUGUGUAUGUGCACUUAUGUGUAUGGGUCCAUAUGUACGUGUGUAUAUAAUAUAUAUUGUAUGUGAUAAUAUGGUCGUAUUCUAUAAAUACAUAUACACAGAGAUACUCCUUUGUAGAAGUUCCUGGGGCUCCGUGUUGUAGUUCAGGACUCCUUGCUUCUUGGACCCUACUGUUUAUCCUGGACUAGCUGGGGUUGGAGAUUAUGCUCCUGUUGUCAGACCACAGAGUGAUGGAAGAGGACACACAUACAUCCACUCUCCAUGCUCCUGCCACGGGCCCUCACGUAAUGACUUAUCUCUCUCUUCAGGAUGCUGCCUGUUGGAGCCAAGAAUACUGAUUUGUGGUGACACUGGUUUAGUUCAGCAUGGAUUAUCCUUAUCUAAUGAUUUUUCUCUGUUUACUUUGCUGAUUUUGGGAAUAGACCUCCACUGUGAUUCCAGACCCUCUCUUUCCUCCUCCCUAUCCCUCGAGGAUUGACAUGUAGGGGUAGAGGUGAACUCACUGAGCAGCCAGAGCCAAAAGUAAGCGGUACGAAAUCUUAGAAGCAAAGAGAGGGAGCCGAGGUGUGUGAGAGAGGAAACUACUAAGAGAAUCCCUCCUUGGGAGAAUGAGAUGGGGCCCUUUCUUCCUUUGCUAGAAGGUUCCUUUCCUUAUGCAACUUGGCUCUGUCUACUCAAAUUCCCAUCUCUUCCUGGCUACUAGCCUGCCAGACCCUGGAGCUCAAGCUGGGUAGGUUCUGUAUCAAUAAAAAGCUUCACCCCUGGCUGGGUGAGGCAGUUGCCUGCAAUCACUAUUUGCCCCCUAUUCAUCCAGCCUAUCCCUGUCUGCUCCUGGCCUACCCAUCCUGAUGCGCCAGGGAUGGAAUCAAGAGUCCCCAGCACUCCACAUUCCUAAGGAAAUCCCAGGAACCCCUAAACCUUCUUCCCCCAUCACAGAUGAGGUUGGCAGCUGAUCAGACCUCAAUACUUUUAUACUGUAAUAAGCUCUUUGAAUGUAUAUAUUCUUAUUUUUACAAUUUUUUCAUUUUGUAUUUAACGUCAAUGGACUGAGUCAGAUUCAGAAAAUAAUUGUAAAUGUUCAUAUUCAAUAUCUUACAGUGAUACGGUUUUGUAUUUACAUAUAAAUAUACCGACAUGAUCAAACCCUUUUAGCUUCAUCAAUUUAGUAGCAGUCUGGGGCUGGGAAGGUGAGGAGGGGGUCUAAGAGCUGAUCCGGGAGGGCUGGGAAGGCAGGGAGGGACCUAAGGCCUAAGUAUCUGAGACUUUCAGUUCUGAGAGCCACCCACCUUGUCUGUAGGCCAUGGCCCUAGCUCUGGGCAGAGAGGGGAUCAGUACCAGUUGAGAGUGUUUUCUGGGUGGCAGUCUUUAUGCUUGGUGCUUUUCCCCCCAUUAUCUCAUUCAACCUUCACUACAAUCUAGUGAGAUACUGUUCUCCCACUCUUCUAUUUCUGUAAAGAUGAGGAAGGUUCAAAGGGUUACAGUGAUUUGCUCUAGAAUUAGAGCUCAAGUUAGUCUGCUUACAAAGCCUUUGGCCUCCACUACAUUGCUGUCUCUCAAGGAUCGAGAUAGUGUUUUGUCUUUGAAAACCAGAGUGUUUUUUAGCUCUCCUUUCAGAAUAUAAACAGUUCUUAAAUUCUAGAGAGUUGAUCUUGAGCCCAUACUGCAUGGAAGGGUGACAGAUUUGUUUACUGAUUUUCUCAGAUAAGACCUCCUGGUGUAGGGUCCUCAGGUCUACAGAGUACCAAGGGGUCAUUCUCCCAGGGAAACUCCAUACAUAUGGGUACACUGGUGUUUGUGGAAAGAUCUUAAGUUACUUGCAUCUCUUAGAAUGGAACCAGAAGUUUUGUCCACAUAGGACCACUCCCCAUGCCAUGUAGCUACUCUCUGUUGUCCAGUGACAGCCUACUCUGUUGGGGCAGUUCUGGCCUGGAGAGUGUGCAAAAUAUUGAGGUGUUCUUAAUAAAAGUGAUAGCAGCUAACAUUUA